UGAAACAGUGUCUUCACUGACAUAAAGACACUGUAGCUGACCCCCGUGCCCGCUGGACUUCACCUUGCUCACAUGAUGUGGAUUUGUCCUGUGAACUCUCAAGUGCUAAAGAGUCUAAAAAGAUGCACCUGUUGAAGCCUGCUUGUCGCCUCAGCUUGGACUCUGGCCUGGUUUCUGGUCCAUGACUUGCCUCUGUUGGAUCUUGGCAUUGGCUCUGCCCAGGACCUAGUAGUGACUGUUCCUUGAAAUGCCCUUCAGUUUUCCUGGAAGGGGACACUACAAAUAAUGGUCACGGGAACCUAACAGUUGCCAGAAGCCAGACUGACAAAGGAAAGCAAAAAGGACAAGCAACAGCGUGAUGCCUAAGGAACUGGCUGGUUGCUUUACCACCCCCGGCCUGUAACCUUUAGGUCUAAAUACAACGUGGAGAUUUCAUUGUACAGCAUUGUACUUCUAAUAUAACAGAAGAAUUGGAGGCACUUAUGAAAGUAUUUACUGAAGGAGUCGGUCUUAAGAUGUGGUGUUUUUCUGUGAAAACUUAGACACAAGCAUCUUGGAAACCAAAGGACUCUAGGACUCUGUGCAGUAGAGCUGCUUUAGAAUCCAGAUUCUGCUCUAGCUCUCUGCCUUUGUGUUGCCUUCAAAUAUCCCACUUCAAGGAAUCGUGCCUAGUUCAACAAUUCCACGUGUAAUCCAAAGAAGUCUGUUCAAGUGGGCAUCUAUCAACAGGUUACUUGAAUUUCAAAUAGACGAGCAGGAAUGCCACCACCAGCAGGUACCCCAACAUACCCACCUCCAGAUGGAGGCUGGGGAUGGGUAGUGGUUGGAGCAGCUUUUAUCUCCAUCGGAUUUUCAUACGCCUUCCCCAAAGCCAUCACAGUAUUCUUCAAGGAAAUUCAGCAAAUAUUCAACGCUAGCUACAGUGAAAUAGCAUGGAUAUCAUCUAUUAUGCUGGCUGUUAUGUACGCAGGAGGUCCCGUAAGCAGUGUUUUGGUGAAUAGGUAUGGGAGCCGGCCGGUGGUGAUCACAGGAGGUCUGCUGUGCUGUUUGGGGAUGGUCUCCGCCUCUUUUAGCACCAACGUGGUAGAGCUCUACCUCACCGUGGGAUUCAUCGGAGGUAUAGGUCUAGCCUUCAACCUGCAACCAGCUUUAACAAUCAUCGGCAAAUACUUCUAUAAGAAACGACCCAUGGCGAACGGACUUGCCAUGGCAGGAAGUCCUGUUUUCUUAAGUACCUUGGCUCCUUUCAAUCAGUACCUUUUUAAUACUUUUGGCUGGAAAGGAAGCUUCUUGAUUUUGGGAGGUAUAUUGUUGAACUCCUGUGUGGCUGGGUCCCUCAUGAGACCCGUUGGACCCAAACAAACUAACAAGGCUAAAAAUAAGAUUGGCAUAAAAGCAGAUGAAGCAGAGGCUAAGAAAAGCCAUAAGAAGUCACUAAGCGAAAAAAUUAAUAAGUAUUUAGACUUCUCUCUUUUUAAGCAUAGAGGAUUUCUGAUAUAUUUAUCCGGAAAUGUCAUUAUGUUCCUAGGGUUUUUUGCUCCCAUUAUAUUCUUGGCUCCGUAUGCUAAAGACAAGGGGAUUGAUGAGUAUUCUGCAGCGUUCUUGCUGUCUAUUAUGGCUUUUGUUGAUAUGUUUGCUAGGCCUUCUGUAGGAUUAAUAGCAAACUCCAGAUUUAUCCGACCCCGAAUCCAGUACUUCUUCAGUUUUGCGAUCAUGUUCACUGGAGUAUGUCAUCUCUUGUGCCCACUGGCAGAGGACUACACAAGCCUGGUGUUAUACGCUAUAUUUUUUGGCCUUGGAUUUGGGAGUGUUAGCAGUGUCCUCUUUGAAACUCUCAUGGACCUUGUUGGUGCUCAAAGGUUUUCCAGUGCCGUGGGACUUGUCACAAUCGUGGAGUGUUGCCCGGUUCUUCUUGGCCCUCCUCUUGCCGGUAAAUUGGUGGAUGAAACUGGACAAUAUAAAUACAUGUACAUAGCCUGUGGCGCCAUUGUGUUCCUAUCCAGUGUGUGGCUGCUCAUUGGUAACGCUAUAAACUAUCGAUUGCUUGCAAAGGAAAAGAAGUUGGCAGAAGCAGAGAAGAAGAUACAUAAGCCUGAGUCCACAGAAUCUGAACCCUUGAGCAAACCUAACCAUUCCGAUGUUAAUGUCCAAAGCGCGAGAACAGAGGAUCAUCCCUCAGAAAGAGAAACGAAUAUUUAACAAGAACCGCAUCUCUGAUUUCAGUGUUUAUGACUCUCCUAGGAGUAUUUCUUUUUUUCAAAAUAUUGGAAAGGUUUUUAAGUGAAAUUUGGAGUCAUAAUUAAGGAUGGAGAUGAGCUUUUCCUCAAUGGCAAAUUUCAAAUGUUUGUGUUUUUUAAAACUUAUUUGGGCAGUUAACUGUUGAGAUGAUGCAUGCAAAGCAUCCACGCAAUGGAUUUAUUUCCAUACAUGACUCUGGUUGUGGUGGUUAAAAUAAUUUUAAAGUCUUCCAGUGAUUUCCAGUCUUGGUUAUGGGGACUGAAUCCCAAAUGCCUGGUUUAAGUAGUUAGAAGGAGUGUGUUUAAUCGUGUAGGAAUAUCCUUUCCACAUUUCAUUUGAUAUUAAAGUAUGAAAUGGAAUUGAGGGAAAAUGAAUUUUCGCCUCAUGCACCCACCCACCCACAUGCACACAGUCUCACAAACUUACGCACAUGCACACAGAGUAUCUGGAGAACAAAAGUUCCAAAAAAUAUUAUCACCCUACUUUUUUUUUUUACUUAAAAAAACAUCCAUGGGGAAAAAAAGAAAUGUAUUAUAUCUGCCUUCUAUUUUACAGCGUGGAUUUUAAAGAUAAGAACAUGGGUGAAAAUGAGGGUGACCUUAAUUUGAAAAUGCAACUAACUGCUGUAAAAAAAAGUGUUUGCAUUUAUAAAAUAAAUUUUAAAAGAACA